GUCGCUAGUUGUUUCGCUCAUUCCCAUCUUUAGCAUAUGUCGCCGUCCACUCAGAAGCGCCGCAAAACGACCACAGACGCCAGAAGGAGGAAGAGGAUGCGCAAGUCGAGCUCACGCCCGAUCGCUCUACAAAGCUUCCGCUCCAUCCUCGACGAAGAAAGUUCCACCCAUGAACCACGUCUCUUCUACACCAGUUCCAAGAUAGAUGCGGCUAAGAUGAGAGCCUAUAACCUCACAGGAGGCGCACUGGAACAUCUAGUGUGGGCCCGCCAGAGAUCAAGUCCGCUCCAGACCGAACCAACACUACCACACUCCCUUCUCGCCGCGUUCCGUGCUCACAAGGACUCAGAACCCAAAGAGAUCAAUGAGUCUCGGAGGAGAAUAAUGCACUUCCUGAGAUUGCGAGCACAGCAGCUCCUCCCUGAAGCAGACGAGAUGAGGUCGAAGAUGAAAGAGGAUGUUCGCGCAAUCAGCGGACAGCUGAAUCUCCCCUUGCUUAGAGAGCUGAUACUUCUGACAGACUACCCUGAUGUAGAGCUACCCAACGACUUGCAGAAGGGUAUGCCGGUAGUAGGACGACUACCCCACAUUAAAGGAGUCUUCGGUCAGCGCCCACCAGGCGAGUUCACUAAGAAACCGAACCCCUUCGUUGACCCGAAAGAACUCCUCAGAUCUGCCAUGGACCGGAGAGAGGAAUUCCUCAAACUCGUCAGUGAGCAAACCUUCAACUCACAAAUAUGGGAUUCCUGCCUCGCGGAGGUCAGGCAAGGUCUAAUGGAGGGCCCUCUGUCGACCUCAGAAGCACUUGAGCGCUACGGCAAGCACGUCCUAGCGUCCAGGUUCGCAGUCGAACAGGUGGAUAAGACCAGGUUCUGCGAUGACUACCGCAGGAGCGGAACGAAUCGGUCUACCGAAUAUUCUCAGUCCAUAACUCUACCGACCCACGAGACCAUUCUAGCCGUCUGGAGGUUGGUCGCGUCCUUGAACGAGGAGGAUCCGAUAACGAUAUUCAAGAGCGACCAUGAGAGCGCCUAUCGACAAGUCCCCACAAAUCCCGAGCACUCACGGUUCCAACUCAUCUGCGUCACCGGCCCAGAUGGCAGACCAGCUAUCUUCCGGCAUAGGGCUCUCUCCUUUGGAGCGAGCAGCAGCGUAUGGAGCUACUGCAGAAUUUCGCAGUGUUUGACGCACCUCCACAGAAUUCUAUUCGGUGGUAUCAGCAUGUCGUUCAUUGAUGAUUACUGGGGGAUCGAGCCCGAAUCGACGGCACAUUCAAGUUUUGAGAGCUUGACACUGCUCAACGAACUCAUUGGGUUCAGGGAGAAAGAGUCAAAACGGCAGGCUCCAGCCACGUCGACGACCCUUCUAGGUCUCAAGAUCUCUUUCGAAGACAGAUCGGUCCGUUUCGCUCUGCCCGAGGACAAGCGCUUGAAGCUCAUGACUUCGCUGGAGGAAAUUCACCGGACGGGUUGGGCGAGUACCGGGGACCUGAAGAAACUCUGUGGCCGACUCACAUUUGCCGCUGCUACCUCGGCAGACCAUUCCUGGCGGUCCUACACAAGGAGCCUUUACUCCUGGAUAUUCCAGGGACCGAGGUAUGCAUCUCUUCAAGUCAACAAUGCCAUAUCAAACCUCCUGUCCCUUGUGAGGGACGCUCCACCAAGCCGCACCGUGAGAGUCGAACCAAACGAAGUCAAGCCGUUCGUUCUCUACUCCGACGCAGAAGGGGCCCAGAACCGUCUGGGAGGUGUCCUCUGCAAUCCUCAUGGCAGCUCCGACAAGGAUAAAUUCUUUUCCGAGACCGCUCCGCAGGCGAUUCUAGAGUCCUGGCAGGCCCGCAAGACACAAAUUGUGCCAUUGGAGCUUCUCGCGGCUGUGACGACACUACAAACCUUCUGUAACGUUCUCCAGAACAAGUCUUGCGUCAUUUACGUCGACAGCGAGCCGGUAGAGUACGCCCUGGUCAAGGGCAGCUCCCGUCAAGAGGAUCUAAACCGUAUGGUCUCCAGCUUCUGGCGUAUAGCCACGCGACAUAACAUCUCAAUCUGGGUCACUCGCGUUCCCAGCAAACAGAAUCUAGCCGACGGACCCUCUCGUCGAAGUUACGAACAUGUCGCCAACUUUUCGAGAUGGCCAGCAAGGUGGCCCUCUACACCAAUAAUUUGA